AUGGACUCGGCCAAGACCGAGCAAGCAAGCGGGUCAGACCCAAUCCUGGUGCCCCAAGCAAAUGAAGCAUCGAGAUUACACUCGGGCCCUUGCAAUAUCUCCGAAGAACGAUGCAAAGACAUCUCAAACCUCCCGAAAGAGAAAGCAGUGCUCACAUCUGCACCAAAUGUCCCUCCAUCGAUCACUCGAGACUACCCUGUUCUCCUCGAGGUGCCAUUGACAACCUCCACCAAGGUGAAACAAUUGACUAGUCAGUACAAGUACGAACAAUGGAAUUUCAAUGGCACUGUCCCUGGCCCGUUCAUACGAGCUCGAGUCGGCGAUGUCAUGGAGAUAUCACUGACAAACCAUGACGAAACCGGCAACCCGCACAACAUCGACUGCCAUGCAAUCCAGGGACCGGGGCUCCAUUGGCCAGGUCUUUAUGUGUACCAUUGUGCAGCAGCACCGGUGCCAGUGCAUAUUGCCAACGGCAUGUAUGGGCUCAUGUAUGUGCAACCAGCCGAAAAGGAUCUCGCUCCGGUAGAUCGCGAGUACUAUGUGAUGCAGAGCGAGUUUUAUCACGAGCCGCCGGAAAUCGAGGACGACGGAAAACCGUCGUCGAAAGUGGAGUUUUCGUAUCCAAAUGCGAUUCGAGAGGAGCCAAGUGUGGUUGUCUUCAAUGGACAUGAGGCCGCGUUGACGAGGGAUAAGCCCCUCAAAGCUUCCGUGGAUGAGACAGUUCGCAUAUUUUUUGGAAAUGCCGGGCCAAACCUUACGAGUUCAUUCCAUGUCAUCGGGAGCAACUUUGAGAAGGUCUAUCGCGAUGGCGACGUUAUUAGCCCCCCUGGACAGUUUGUUCCGACCGUUAGUGUUCCCCCGGGCGGCUCUACGGUUGUUGAUCUUAAAAUGCAGGUUCCUGGGACGUAUACGCUCGUGGACCAUGCCAUAUUUCGUCUUGAGAAAGGUGCUGUGGGAUAUUUGAACGUAGCCGGGGAACCAAGGACUGAUAUAUACCACAGCGAAGAGCCACCUGCCCCUUGUGUUGGCUGUAAAUUACAUCCUUAA